AUGAAGGAGGUCAUUUUUGUAAUAAUUUGUUUUCUAGCAAAGAUUUCUUUUAUUGGUUUGGCUCUAAGUUUUGAACAUCACUGUCCUACACUGUGCCGAUGCGAGAUCCGUCCCUGGUUUUCUCCUAACUCAGUUUACGUUGAAGCUACAACUGUGGAUUGUAAUGACUUGGGACUAUCUUUGCUCCCAGAUGGGCUCCCAUUGGAAACGCAAGUCUUGCUUUUACAAACAAAUAAUAUUGUAAAACUAGAAAACACUUUGGAUUACUUGGAAAACAUUACUGAAAUUGAUCUAUCACAAAAUAACAUUACGUCUUUGGAUGAAGUGCAUUUGGGAUCUCUACCGCAGCUACUAUCAUUCCAUUUGGAAGAAAAUAUGAUCCAGGUGCUUGGGGGAAACUGUGUACCGACACUCCCGAACCUGCAAGAGUUUUAUAUCAAUCAUAAUUUCAUCUUUUCCAUCAACUCAGAGGCAUUUUUGGGAUUGGAACGACUUGUGAGGCUGCAUCUCAACUCCAAUCGACUUACAACCAUCAACGGGCAAUGGUUCAGACACCUGCCAAGCUUGGAGAUUUUGAUGCUAGGGGAAAAUCCCAUUCUCGAGCUGUCAGAUGAGAAUUUUAAGAUGCUUGCUAACCUCCGUAGCCUUGUGCUAGCUCGAAUGAAUUUGACUGACGUUCCUGAAAAUGCUUUAGUGGGGUUGGACAACAUGGAAAGCAUUUCGUUUUUUGACAACUUACUCCCUCGAGUUCCCCGUGCGGCCCUCACCAAAGUUAAAAAUCUGAAAUUUUUAGAUUUAAACAAGAAUCCUAUUGAGAGAAUUCAAAGAGGCGACUUUGUGAAUAUGGUUCAUUUGAAAGAACUUGGUAUAAACAGCAUGCCCCAACUUGUAUCCAUUGACAGUUUUGCUUUAAGUAAUUUACCAGAAUUAACCAAAAUUGAAGCAACAAAUAAUCCCAAAUUAUCCUACAUCCAUCCGAAAGCUUUCAAUAAACUUCCCAAAUUGGAAACUCUAAUGCUAAACAGUAACGCCCUUAGUGCUUUACAUCGCAGCAACAUUGAGUCCCUACCAAAUUUGCGAGAAGUUAGCUUGCACAGUAACCCGAUUCGCUGCGACUGUGUCAUUCGUUGGGUCAAUACGAACAGAACUGCAGUUAGAUUUAUGGAGCCGGAUUCUUUGUUUUGCGUAGAUCCACCUGAAUAUCAAGGGCAACAUGUCCGCCAAGUCCACUUUAGAGAAAUGACAGAAACUUGCUUACCGCUAAUAUCACCAAACAGCAUUCCAAAUCAAAUCGAGAUCAGUAAAGGUAGUUCAAUUUCCUUACAUUGUCGUGCGUUUGGUGAACCUGAACCGGAAAUCUACUGGGUUACCCCACUUGGAGAUCGAAUACUUCCUGGGAGUAUUUCAGAAAAGUACUACAUGCACCCGGAAGGUACUUUUGAUAUUUACGAUGCAACUGAAAUCGAAAGCGGGUCUUAUACAUGCAUUGCACACAAUCUCGUCGGUGCGGACCUCAAAACUGUUACAAUUUCAGUUGACGGCUUCAUCGCCCAACCUAUGUCCCAACCUGUACAUGUCUAUAUUACCUCCAUCCAACCACAUUCUGUUAUGAUCACUUGGGAGAGCACUAUUGGGUUACUUUCUCAGCUAACUUGGACUAUUUUGUCAGAUAUUACCCAGAUUUCAAUGCCGUUUGUUGCCAGACUUCCAACAGAUGUAAAAGAAUACCGGAUACGCCAGUUAAAACCAGGAACUCGCUAUCAAAUCUGCGUUGAAGUCAUAGCAAUGCAACCGGAAUUUGGCAAAGAAUGCAUCAACGUUACAACCAAGGAAUUACCGGUUUUGAAAGCUAAAACUGCAAAGUGGGAUGGCCUCAUAAUGGCUACAUGUGCUGUAUUUUUUGUUGUUGUCGCUGUGGCUUGCUCUAUCAUGUAUACCUCUAUGUCGACCCAAAUAUUUUACAGACAACUAAUAGAUGAUCGGGAUAAAUCUCUGCUAAUUCCAGGUGAUUGUAAUUCCUUUCUGGAACUGAGUGCGCCUGGUGGGAUCAAGGUAAAGGCGACAGUAAUAGACUUGCCGACUGACUCUUUGUAAGGACAAACAUUGCCAGGAAAACUACUUUGGGAUUACGGAAAGAUUGAGAGCGACGGACACUGAACAGUUUCAUUAACGUGCCGGCUUUUAAAGUCUUUCAAUGGGACAUGUUGCGCUGAGGAAUAGCCCUAUAAAUAAACAACCAGCUAAAAGAUAAUAUUUUGUAUUUUGUGUGAAUAUAGCAAGAUUAAUCUGACAGAUAUUUGAAUUAUAAUCUAUAAAUGGCUACUGGUCAUGAAUGGUGCGCUAUAUUAUUUUUUUGUUAUAGGGCCCACC